CCGCCGCCGCCGCCGUCGCCGUCGCCGUCGCCAUGGCCAUCGCCGGAGCUCUCCACGCUGGCAGCCGCAUCCUCCUACCCAUCCGCAGAAGCCCCAGCUCCAGCGCCCCCUGGUCCCACGUCCGCGCCCACCUCCACUCCAGCAAGCCCUCUUCUGCCCCGCUCCCACCCACGCCGCCGCCGCCGCCGCCUUGUUCCCCCGCUCUGUCCUCGCGCUUCACCCCUGCCUUCGCCCCUACCACCAGGAGGAGCGGAUCGAUUGGGUCCGGGGUAGUCGCGUGGUACCUCGGCUCGAUCGAGGCGCGGCCGGUGCUGACCAAGAGCAUCACGGCUGCCGCCAUCUUCACCGUCGCCGACCUCACCUCCCAGAUGAUCACGCUUUCUCCUGAGGAGUCACUCGAUCUAACUAGGACCCUCCGCAUGGCUAGUUAUGGGAUGCUGCUCUCAGGACCUAGCCUGCAUUUUUGGUUCAACUUUCUCUCAAAAGCAGUCCCCAAGAAGGAUCUACUCAACACCUUCAAGAAGAUGUUUCUAGGACAAGCAGUUUAUGGGCCAAUUAUUAAUUGUGUUUUCUUCUCGUAUAAUGCAGGACUACAAGGUGAGACUAUACCAGAGAUCAUUGCAAGAUUAAAGCGGGAUAUAAUUCCAACCAUCAAAAGUGGGCUCAUAUAUUGGCCUUUUUGUGACUUCAUCACUUUCAAGUUUAUCCCUGUUCAUUUACAGCCGCUAGUAAGCAAUUCUUUCUCAUUUCUUUGGACCAUCUACAUAACAUACAUGGCCAGCUUGAAGAAACCAGAAAUAGAGGGAUCACAAGCUCAUAGUAAUAUCCGAAUGACUUCAGUUUGACUGAGUUUUUGCGAGUUAUUUCUGGAAGGAAUUCUUCAUGGGCAUCACCUGGAAUUAUAAUGGGGCUGUCAAUACCACUACUAGCCCAUUUAAGCUCUCAGUAUCCAAUGAGUAAAACAGAGAAACUGUUUCCUAGGUGUAUUUCGUUAUCAGUAGGGUAGUAUCCACCUGGCUUCUAGUUUGGAUGAUAGAAUGUACUAGGCACUUCUUCUAUCAUUCCCAAGGCUUUUCAUUUUGCACUCAGUUGUCUGUACCCAAUCAUGCAAUUGUUAGGUAAAAUUGUGCUUUUCCUUAAGAUAAAGUCGACAGGACAAUGUUUAUGCUUUACGAUCUCUACAUACAAUGCAGCAUUUGUUGGUGAAUGCUUUUGUACAUCUAUAACUCUCUUAUAUACGCAAGGAAGAAAAUUACACAUU